UUUGCUUUUUUAUAGACGCAAGAACGCGUUGCCGCAUCAUUAGUAAUAUCUUCCACAUAAAGGCAUGCUUAUGAGUGCCUGCUAAAUUAUAUUUGUUUCUUUAAUUUCCUAGAACUAUAUUUGUUGAUUCAAGAACUAGAAAAGUAGAUAAUUGAUGUUUCCAAGCAUACAAAAUUCUACAUUUAAUGAGCCAUAGUCAGACUGUGGCUAAAGACUUUUCACCAUGUCUUCCCAGUAUCCAGAGCUUAAGGGCAUGUACCAUCUGAGAGAAACCAUUGGUUCAGGUGGUUUUGCUAAAGUGAAGCUGGCCUACCAUGCUCUUACAGGGGAGAAAGUUGCAGUCAAGAUUAUGGAUAAACGAGCACUUGGGGAGGAUCUUCCACGAGUGAAGACCGAAAUAGCAGCCAUGAAGGAGUUGUAUCAUCAACUCAUCUGUAAGCUGUACCAUGUUAUCGAAACAGAAGAUCGCCAUGAAGGAGUUUUCUACAUGAUUCUAGAGUAUUGCCCGGAAGGAGAGCUGUUUGAUUACAUCGUGUCUAAAGAUCGUCUUGAGGAAGCGGAGGCGCGGAUCUUCUUCAGACAAAUCGUGUCGGCUGUAGGGUUUAUUCACUACUGUGGAUACGCUCACAGAGACCUCAAACCAGAAAACCUGUUGCUUGAUGAUGAGCAGAACUUGCGACUAAUCGACUUUGGUCUGUGUGCCAAGCCAAAGGGUGGGAUGGAUCGCCACCUUAUGACAUGCUGUGGAAGUCCUGCCUAUGCAGCACCAGAGCUGAUAUCUGGCAAAGAAUACCUUGGUUCAGAGGCUGACCUUUGGAGUAUGGGUGUCUUGCUGUAUGCUCUCCUUUGUGGAUUUUUACCAUUUGAUGAUGACAAGAUACCGUCACUAUACAGAAAAAUUCAAAGUGGCAAGUAUGAUGUUCCGGAUUGGCUAAGUAGUGACAGUGCUGACCUAAUAGCUCACAUGCUUAAAGUUGAUCCCAAGAAACGCAUCACAGUGCAACAGCUCCUACGACACCCCUGGCUUAGCAAGGGCCUCAACAUCCCUGUGGAAUGGAAGAGCAAAUAUAAGCAAACAGUGGACGAGGACUGUCUUACAGAGCUGGCUGUACACCAUGGGAAGUCUAAGAAGGAAAUGGAACAAUUGAUUUGUCAGUGGAACUAUGAUUACCUAACAGCUACAUACUUCCUGCUGUUAGAGAAAAAAAUGAAGGGCAGACCAGUUCGACUGCUGUACAGAAUGAGUUCCUACACUGGGACGCCAAGACCUAAGUCCAAGUGCUACAGUUCCGAGGAGGAAAUUGAUGUUCCAAAUUCCCCUUACAUCCUCACGCCAACAGAGAAAAGAGUCAACAUGGAAAACAUACAGAAAGUGGCACAACCAGCAGGAGAAAGACGGGUCAAAGGUCGUGCACGGGAGCGGUUGCCAUUUUCAGACGGCAACGAGAAAGAUGACAAAGAAAACUUUCUCGUUCCUCAGAAGCCAAAGUCUCCAAAAACAACCAGGAUUCCACAGUUCAAGAACAAACCCAGGUCCCCUCUUAUGUCAAAACACUUGAAUGUUUCCUCCAUGGAUGACAGUAUCUGCACUCCUAUCAAAUCUGUUGAUAAGAGUUACGUUAACACAACACUGUCACCAUCCCGAUCAUAUGAUUCACAGCUGAAUGCUUUAAGUGCAAUUGAAAACAGCCCCAUCUGUGCUGGAAAGAAAACUACAUCUGUAGACGAAGGGUUGUGCCGAGCACACAUGUCGACUCCCGGCAGCGCGUCCAAGUUCAAGAAAGGCUCUGUGUUUGGCAGUCUGGAGAAAGUCUUCAACAUGCUGACUCCAAAAAAACAAAAAGGUUCCGCAGAUGUCGCUCCGCGGAAAGUUAAAUCGCUGCAUAAUGUGUACCGCACCAAUGAGUUCAGUCCGGAGUAUGUGUUACGGUGCAUGAAGACCACCCUGGAAAAGAAGUGCAUUCCUUACAAGCAGAGCGACUUUGCCCUGCGGUGCACUGUCACUGACGACUGGGGUCGAGUGCGACUUGCGUUUGACCUGGAGGUUUGUGCCAUAACAAAGACACCGUACAUUGGGGUGCUCCGAAAACGAGUCAAGGGCGACAUGUGGCACUACAAGAAACUCUGUGAAGACAUUCUGAGAACAGCAAAACUGUGAUUAGUUACAGACUUACAUGCAGUAAUGUCUACAAAGGUAACUGGUAUGUAUAUCUGGACCAUACAGACAGAACUGAGAGAAACACUUCCAUGAUGUGCUUAAUACUUGCCUCGAGAUCAUUUUUAUAGUAUGCACUGACACACACAGUCAUCAAGUAUGCAGCAUGUAGUUGGUGCAAGAAUAUACAUACAAUGCAGCUAAUGACUUUAUUUUGAUCAAAUGUGAUGUGUAAUGUAUUUUAUACCAUGUAUCAUGUGAACAAAGUUUAAAGGAGCAUUACAAAAACACUUAGGCUUGCUUGAAAAUUGUAAUGAUGAGAUUUAAUAUGCUUUAAGUAUACACCGUUCAUUAUUUUAAUUCUUUUAUUCAUUUCAUUAUUCAUUCAUUCAUUUAUUCACUGGAGUUCUUGAAUUCAAUUGGCUCUAAUUAUUCGGUUUAUGUUUCAAAUGAAAGGACAAAUAUAAAUUAUUUCAGAGGACAUAAAGUGAUAUUGAGUUUGAUGCUACCUAAACAAAUUUUAUUCUUUAAGUAUUGCCUGUUUCCAAUAUCCAUGUUACAUUUGGUUCACUGUAAUUGAAACAAUGUUAUACAAGGAAAGUAAUAGAUUUCAAAGUUGGUAAUUUAAUGAAAACAAUUACUGAAUCUGUAUAUUUGAAGCUGUCAGUGUUUUCAAUCUUUUUAUAUAUAAUCUAAUAUACUAUUAAUAAUUAAUUAAAAUAUAUGGAUAAUACUAGUAAAUAAAAAAUGUUUCUUAGAAAGCAGUAUUGUGGUACACAUUGUGUUAAUUUUGUACUAGCCUAUUUUACAAAAUUACAGAAUCGGCCAGCUUGAAGAAAAGUUAAUUUAAAAUUUUACCAUUUUAUUAAUGCUUUUAAUUUAUGUCGGCCUAUGUUUUCUGUGUUUUAAAUAGUUUAAUUACAUAUGUUAUUAUCUAAUUAAUGUUUAUUUCAAAACACUGACACAAUGAGAGUGCCCCCAAAAUUACAUAAAUCUUGAAGAUUAACUAUUGAAGAUUUUAACACAUCUUUUGUUGGUGAGCCCAUUGGGGUAUUUCUCGUUCCAGCCAGUGCACCAUGACUGGUAUAUCAAAGGCCGUGGUAUGUGCUAUCCUGUCUGUGGGAUAGUGCAUAUAAAAGAUCCCUUGCUCCUAAUGGA